CCUUUUUCUCAUAUUGCCUAGUUUUCGUGCAGGCACACGGAAGUCAGUAUGCCAUCCUCUGUGGCAGUUGCAUGUUUGUUUCUGGGAGCUGUUGCGUCCGCCAGGCCUGAACAUAGAUGGGCCAACGAGUUCGACGAACCCUUCCAUUUUGCUUGCCCCUUCAACGAGUCCAUCAUCCGCAUAGAGAGCCUGCACGACAGUAGCUUUGAGGAUAGGAUCUGGGAAUUCACGUGCGGCCCUGUGAAAACGGGAUACGACACAUGCGGCCAGUCCGGUUUCAUCAACGACUACGACGAACCCCUCACUUACAUGUGUCCUACUAAUGGAAUCAUCGCCGGGGUCGCUAGCGAACAUGAGAAUUUCUACGAGGACCGGCGAUUCGACUUCAAAUGCUGCCACUUGGAAGGAGUUUGCUGGUCAGACUGUUAUCUCACUCCAUAUGUGAAUGACUAUGACGAACCCAUGGACUACUCUGUCGAUCCUGGUUAUUACAUCACCGGUGCCUAUAGUAUUCACGAAAAUUUCUAUGAACGCAUAGAUUUCGUCAUGGCAUCGUCAAUGGUGAUCGCGUGUCUAUUUCUGGGAGAUGUUGUGUCUGCCAGACCCGGCCAUAAAUGGGUCAACGAUUACGACGAGCCCUUCAACUUUGCUUGCCCCUUCAACGAGUCCAUCAUCCGCGUAGAGAGCCUGCACGAUAACGAGAGAGAGGACAGGAUCUGGGAAUUCACGUGCGGCGGAGUGGAAACGGGAUACGACACGUGUGGACAGUCCGGUUUUGUCAACGAAUACGACGAACUCCUCUCUUACAUGUGUCCCGACAAUGGCGUCAUCGCGGGGAUCGCAAGCGAGCAUGACAAUGACGCCGAGGACCGGCGAUUCGACUUCAAAUGCUGCCACUUGGAAGGAGUUUGCUGGUCAGACUGUUAUCUCACUCCAUACGUGAAUGACUAUGACGAACCCAUGGACUACUCUGUCGACCCUGGUUAUUACAUCACCGGUGCCAACAGCGUCCAUGAUAAUGGCCAUGAACUUAUCUACGAAACUCGCCUUCAUGCGGAGAACGGCUUUCCGGGAGGAAGAGCUACAAGGUGGGGGAAGGAGAAAGGAAUGGAUCCAAACACCCUGAAGAGGGGGGAGAUUCCACAGAACUCGAUCCUCCAGUCCAGUGUUUCUCAACCGCCAAGGAGCAGACCAUGUACACACUUCUCUAGGAUUUUGUCUUGGAUGCGAUGGAAGUCCACCAGUGCUUCAGUUCACCCAUCUAUUGCUCUGGAUGAUGCAAUAACCAAGGAAAUCCCACCUCUCACUCAUCCCCUUCCUGGACUCCCCAAACCCAUCUUUGCAAGUGUAUCAACGCAAGAUCAGGAGACUCAUGUUACCACUCUAAGUAAUGGUCUUAGAGUUGCAUCACAGCAGAAAUUUGGACAGUUCUGCACUGUUGGAGUGGUGCUUGACUCAGGGUCAAGAUAUGAAGUUGCCUUCCCUACUGGAGUGACUCAUGUCCUGGAAAGACUUGCUUUUCAUUCCACAGCAAGGUUCUCCAACAGAGAUAGCAUAUUGAGAGAACUUGAAAAAUAUGGUGGCAUCUGUGAUUGUCAGUCUUCCAGGGAUUCAUUCAUCUAUGCAGCAUCUGCUGAAGUUGAAGGCUUGGACCCUGUGCUCCGCCUCCUGGCUGAUGUUGUUCUACGACCCAACAUCACACCUCAAGAGUUGGAAGAAGCGAAAAUGACAAUCCAGUUUGAGUGGGAAGACUAUAACACUCGGCCUGAUCAGGAAAUGCUCCUCUUGGAUAUGAUUCAUGCUGCUGCAUAUCGAGAUAAUACCAUCGGACUACCAAAACUCUGCCCUGUUGAGAACUUUGAAAAGAUUGAACGACCACUAUUGCUAUCUUUCUUGAAAGCUCAUCAUUCUCCUAGUCGGAUGGUUGUUGCUGGAGUGGGUGUUGAACAUGCACACCUAGUUGAAGCUGUUCAAAAAUAUUUUGUUGAUGAAAAAUCUAUAUGGGAUGUGGAGAAUGUGGAUCCCCAAGGAAAUAUUGUAGUUGAUUCAUCCAUUGCCCAAUAUACUGGGGGUAUUGUCCAGAGACAGAAGGAUCUCUCCAAUAUUGCUCCUGGACCUAGCCCAUUCCCAGAGCUUGGUCAUCUUGUUGUGGGCAUGGAAAGUUGCAGUCAUCAGGAUAAGGACUUUGUUCCAUUCUGUGUGCUGAACAUGAUGAUGGGUGGUGGUGGAUCAUUCUCAGCUGGUGGACCAGGAAAAGGCAUGUACACCCGCCUUUACACAAAUGUCCUAAAUAGACAUCAUUGGAUGUAUAGUGCCACAGCAUACAAUCACACGUACACGGAUUCAGGGUUAUUUUGCAUCCACGCAUCUGCUCAUCCAACACAGAUGCGUGAGGUUUCAGAGAUUUUGGUAAAUGAAUUCAUCAAUAUGUUGGGGAACGUUGAGAAACAAGAAUUGGAGAGGGCCAAGAAGCAGUUGCAGUCCAUGCUCCUGAUGAAUCUUGAAAUGAGACCUGUUGUGUUUGAAGACAUUGGGAAACAGGUUCUUGUCACAGGACAUCGGAAACCUCCAGAAUAUUACAUUUCUGAGAUCAGUAAUGUGAAAGAAUCUGACAUUCAAAGGGUGGCCUCCCGCAUGCUAAGGACUAAGCCAGCAGUUGCUGCUCUUGGUGACCUUUGUCACUUCCCAAGCUUUGGUGAUGUGGAAGCUGGGCUGUUGAAUCGUGAAAGCUCUGCAUCAAAGCCAAAACGACCUCCAACAUCUUGUGCUGAAGAAUUGAAGAAGAAAAUCAGUGAAAGUUAUGCAGUUCUACGCUCUCGUAUGAUGGAUGAUCUGAGACCUAAGGAUGGAGAGCUACUUGAUUUCCAGGAAGCCUGCUGCCGUGGAGAUCUAAAAACUACAGGAGAAGCUCUCACUGAAGAGAUAGUGAAUGAGAGGACAGAACCUGGUUUAACCUUGCUGCACUUGGCAUGUCAUUGCCCUGGGAACAAGAAGCAGCAAUUACAGCUGCUUUUGCAAAAGGGAGCUAAAUUGAAUGCCAUGUCAAAAAACGGCUUUUCAUCUCUUCAUCUUCUGGCAUACAAGGGUGAUUUGGAGAUGAUAGAAGUCUUGAUAUCAGCUGGGGCAGAUGUGGAUUUGGCAGGACAUGGAGGAGUGACUGCAUUGCAUAUUGCUUGCAUGAGUGGGCACUUGGAAGUGGCCAAACUCCUCCUGCAGAAUGGUGCUAAUAUUGAAGCAAAAGAUGAUGUGAAGUUCUCCCCUCUCCACCUUGCCUGCUACUUUGGACAUGAAAAGCCUCAAUUUGAAGUGGACCUCCUCUAUGCUAACAUAUAUGGUGAUACUCCACUUCAUUUAGCAUGUUAUAGUGGAAAAGUAGAAGUAGCAAGGACACUGCUGCCCAUGCUACCAGAAGAAUCUUUUUAUCAGGAAAAUGUCUUCAGUGAGACUCCUCUCCAUGCAGCAUGCACUGCUGGCAAAUCUUUGGAACUGAUCAGAAUUCUCCUUGACAAGACUUCAGCAUGUGUGAACUAUCAAGGUAGAGACGGACACACAGCUCUGCAUUCAGCCUGCUACCAUGGCCAUUUGAAAGUAGUUCAGCUUCUACUGGAAAGAGGUGCUGACAUGAAUCUAAUUGCUUCACCAGAUAUGAAUCUCUCUAACAAUGCAGAUAAGAAGGAAGAGCAACAAACUUGCCUUAUGUGGGCCUAUGAGAGGGGACACGAUGCUCUAGUGACUCUUCUGAAGCACCACAAACGCCCUCAGGAUGAGAGUGCUCGAGGAGAUUACACAAAUCAAGAUGGUUCUUAUGUCAGUGUCCCAUCACCUUUGGGCAAGAUCCGGUCCAUCACCAAAGAAAAAAUAGAUGUCCUGCGACUCAGAUCCAGCCUUCCAUCUCAUUAUCAGCUACAACUAAAUGAAAUUGAAUGCCUUGAGAAUAUUGGUUCUGGAAGUUUUGGGAAGGUCUUCAAGGGUCGACAUAGAGGAAAGAUUGUCGCUGUCAAGAGAUACAAGGCCAAUUCUUUCUUUGCAAAAUCUGAUGUAGAUAUGUUUUGUCGAGAAGUGUCCAUCCUGAGCACCCUAAAUUCCCCUUAUGUGAUCAAGUUUGUUGGUGCUUGUCUGGAUGACCCAAGUGGACAUGCCAUGGUGGCAGAUUUUGGAGAGUCUCGAUUCCUGAGAAGCCUAUAUGAAGACAAUAUGACAAAGCAACCUGGGAACCUACGAUGGAUGGCCCCUGAAGUCUUCACACAGUGCACCAGGUACAGUGUGAAAGCAGACAUGUUCAGUUAUGCCCUAUGUUUUUGGGAGCUCCUUUCUGGAGAGCUACCCUUUGCUCACCUAAAACCUGCUGCAGCUGCUGCUGACAUGGCGUAUCGCAACACCCGACCUCCAUUGGCAACAACCUUCCCAAAAGGCAACUGA